AUGUCGGGAAAUCCAGGACGUUCACUGAGUGCAUUAAGACCAACUCCGCCAGAGAGAGGUUCGUUCCCGCUAGACCAUGACGGCGAGUGCACGAAGUAUAUGCAAGAGUAUCUCAAAUGCAUGCAGCUUGUGCAGAAUGAAAACGCAAUGAACUGCAGAUUACUAGCCAAAGACUACUUACGAUGCAGAAUGGAACACCAAUUGAUGGACUAUGAUGAAUGGGCACACUUAGGCCUUCCUGAAGAUGUUCCUAGCAAAAGCGCUAGUAACAAUAGCAGCGCCACCGAAAACAAGUAG